AUGACCAGUGCUCUAACCACUGAUCUGAACUAUAUGUUGCCGAUCUUAGAAGAGGAAUUCCCACACAGCUUGCCAGUGUUCCACUGUCUUCGCAGUGCCUUGCGCGGUGCAUGGGGAGAGAUUGGGGAUAUGAAAGUGGAUAUGUCAGCCACCAUAGAGAACCUAUCAAUUCUGUGUCACACCCCGUCUCUUGUACCGACGAUUCAGGGACAGAAAGAAUCGUACCUGUACACGCAUAGUGUAGACCCGGACGUGGUCAAGUCGUUUAUUCAGCAGCCUGGAACAAUCGACUGGCAUGCAGACAACCACUGUUUUCUGAUGACUUUUAUUCCAAAGAAACAAGAUUUUCUUCCACUGAUUCUCAAGGAAUGUGUUAAUGUUCGUGGGUACCAGGUUCGCGACGAAGGGCGUUGCUGUAUGUGUAUUUAUUCAACAGAUACGAAAAAGACAAAAUCUACGAUACCGAGAGGGUUGAAAAUGGGUCAGCUCUCGCCAGUUCAUGUGCAGUAUGUUACAGCUAGUUGGAAGUUUAGCACUCCUUACACCGUGACGACGAUAAGGCGGAAUAUCGAAGUAUUUCCGUCAUGCGCCAUCUUUGAAGAAGCAAGCAGCGAACCUGUGUGUUGGGCAAUGGUCAAGGCGCACGGGGGAAUAGGUCUCGAACACACCAUGGAUAAAUACCGAAAGAAAAAAUUACAGAAAAGGGUACUUCGCGAAUUGGUCGCUCAGAUCACAAAGAAGGGAGACAUUCCUUUUGUGUUCGUCCAGGAAGACAAUGUCCCGUUGUUAAAGGCAUAUAAAAAGCUUGGUUUCACCGAGGUCAUCGACUGUGCUUUUACAUGGAUUAAAUUUAGCAAAAAUCCGUAA